AUGGAUAAGGCUCUGGCGGACUUGUCGAUACUCUGGGGUAAGGUCGGCCCAUUCCAUGACCUCUCAAGGGUCCUGGAUGCCGGCGCCUCGGACCCGCAGGGAGCCUAUGGCAAAGCCUGGUUUGCCGCUGACAGCCGCGGUGAAGACACGCUGCAGGCUACCGAUAUCGAUACAGUAUAUGAGCGGUUUAUGGAAGAUGAAAUGCUGCAACGCGCUUCGAAACUCUACCAACGUUGGGACACCAUCCUUUUUGACGCUGAUCGGCAAUUGGAUAGGAUGUCGGCCUUACAAGAAAAGUGCGUCCGUGGAUUGAGUGAUCUUGAACUGCGCCGUGCCACGUAUUGUUUGAAUUUCAAGAACGUGAACCAGAAGUUCAAUCAACUGUAUUCUCGCAAGGUCGCACUCUCCGACAAACUUGCAACCUUGGAAGAAAUGCACAACCAUUACGCCAAUUACAAGACUUUCUUGAGAACUGUAGAUCAGAUUGAAAACAACCAGUUUUUUAAAGUAGUGGGAUCCAUGAAGGUGCGCAACACCAAAGCCGCGAAGACCGCGAGCAGUUCUACGGUAUCGGAUGAAAAUCCGGCUGAUACUGGUAGUGAGGACGCUGAAAGCGAAGAUAACGCCCUAGCUAUGACGCUUGAAUACGUAGAGAAAGUUGCGGAGCGUUGCAAUGCGAUGUUGCCCGCCAUUGAAGCGUCUAUCGACUUCUUCACCAUACACGUGGAUUACUUCGAUGCCGAAGCGUUGAAGUACAGGUACGAGAUACUGCGCAUUCGCGUUUGUGAGCUCAUGAAGCUGGAUCGGACGCAGCGUACGGGCACUGAGUGA